AUGACCGGAGAUGACGGUGUGGACAUUAUCAGCUCUUUACCCGACGAGAUACUACAACUGAUCUUCUCCUUUAUUCCGACUAAGUUUGCAGUCAGAACCUCUGUCUUGUCCAAGCGAUGGAGGCAUGUAUGGUCUUAUACACCUUCUCUCUCCAUCGAUUGCCAUAGUGCGGACGCUAACUCGAUAAACAAAACCCUAGCUAACUAUUUAGCUCCCAAGAUCAUGAGUUUUCAUCUCUGCGUCAGCAGCAAGGCACACCAGAUUGACAGCUUGAUCGAUUUUGCCAGGUCGCGCAACAUGGAGAAGCUGUCUCUUGAGUUUCUUAGUUACGAGUUAUUCUUUUACUUGCACAUCAGGUUACUCUUGGUCGACUCGGAAACUACUGAUAUCUUGUCUUGGAAAUCCUUAAGGAACUUGUCCUUGAGUUCUUGCAAACUCUCUGAUACAUCAUUAGCUCAGAUUCUUUCUUGCUCACCACUGCUGGAGAGCUUGACAUUGCAUCACUGUCAUAAACUUAAGCGUCUUGAUCUGACCAAGUCGCUGCGGCUAAAGAGAUUGAAUAUAGAUAAUCCGGGACUAAAGCAGACUGUGGCACCAAAUAUCCAUUUUUUGAGAUUGAAGCACUCUAAGAUACAAUGUGGUUUAGUGGAUGUCUCUUCUUUAACCGAAGCUUACUUUAACAUCUACCGUUCCAGUGAUUUUCUUUUCUAUAACUGUACCGGAACUAAUUUGAUUGAAGAGAUUGUGCCAAAGAUUCUAGAAAAGUUUCAGAAUGUAAAGAAGCUUACGUUUGGUGCUCUCAUUCUUGAGUUUCUCAUUUAUUUGUUGCUAGAUUUUAUCUCUUGCUAUAACGUCAUUGAUGUUCCUUUCCCGACAGUGAAAGUCGAAGGUUUGACUCUUGAAACAAUGAUUGUUCCGUCUGUCAUUCCUGGUAUAGCAAAGCUGCUACGAAACUCACCUGGAGUAAAGACGCUAAAACUAAACAUUGUGGACCGCAACUUACUACCGGAUAGUCAUAUUAAAGGCUAUUUGAAUCUGCAAGGCCGUGAUCCAGCUCAAUGCUUGAAACCGAAAGAUUUGGUCUUCCCGACUUCGUUUGAGCCGAAACUCAUGACUUCGUUCAUGGAGUUUUUAAUAGAAAGCACUGGUUACAAUGGUUUAUACGGUUGGGAGGUUACCGCUAUACAACUGGGUUCAAAUUACUGA